GGCUGGCUGGAAGACGGACGCGGGUUCCGUCCAAUGAACAGCGCCGCUCUUCUGAGGGCGGGGCGGCGCGGAACCUGCAGAGCUGGUGGUGGAGGCGCGUGGCCGAGGCGUGCGAGAGUGGGCGCUGCAGGAUGGUAAAACAUAAGAGAAAAGGUCCCGAAGGGGCAGAGAAGAAGGGCAAAAAGCAAAAGAUAACACCAGCAGAAGAGACGCUGCGGACAUCUGAGGCCAGGCCAGGCCAGGAGGCGGCGGCCAGCCCCAAGGUGCAGGAGGCCAGCCCUGAGCUGUCCCCAGAGGAGAGGAGGGUCUUGGAAAGGAAACUGAAGAAGGAACGGAAAAAGGAAGAGAAAAAGCGGCUGCAGGAGGCGGGCAUCGCUGCGGCUCAGACAGCCAAGGGCCAGACCCUGGCAGCCAAGCCCUCGGCGGCUGUUCUGGCCCUGGAAUACCUCCAAGGGUGGGCCCAGAAGCAGGAGAGCUGGAGAUUCCAGAAGACGAGGCAGACGUGGCUCUUGCUGAACAUGUAUGAUGAGGACAAGGUUCCUGAUGAGUACUUCUCUACCCUGCUGGACUACCUGGAGGGGCUGAAGGGCAGUGCCCGUGAGCUGACAGUCCAGAAGGCCGAGGCGCUGAUGCAGGAGCUUGAUGAGGCUGACUCCGAGGCCCGAGAUGCUCGGCUGGGGAAAAUGGAGCGCCUCCGGCAGGUGCUACAACUACUCUCCUAAUGGGAGGAGGCGGCCUUGGGUCCUGAGGACACACUGGCUACCUCCUUGACGACGGCUGUGGGAGCAAGCAGGCCACCAGAAGGUCAUCUGCCUUGAGGACUUCCUUCCAAAGUCCUGGGAAGGAUCCCCCGUCCCCUUCCCUAUAAGCAGCCCCAGUGCCUGGAGAGGUGAACAUGGUCUCCCUGAAACAGCUCCAAGGUGCCUCUCCCACAUGUGUGGCCCUAAAGUGGCUGUAAACAGAUUCUAUUUUUCUAUCAAUGGUAUCUCAGAGACUGGCCCAUGCUGGCUUUCUCCAUCAGCUGGGAUUCCCUGGGGUGGCGAUGGUGGGUCUCCUACGUAUUCAAUCUGGCGGCCACUGCAGUGCAGCCUGAAUGCAACUCACCUGCCUGCAGGGAGACCCUGCUGUAGGCUUGUAGUGGAGACCUGGGGCCCGUACGGCUGCUGCUCCUUGACCUGUGCUGGCUUUCAGCAACCACAUGCGUCCCUCAGUGCCAGGAACUAGGCCCAAUUCCUUCUCAUUGAAUUGUCUCAGCCAGCGUGUUGGAAACAGAGUGACUAAGCAUUCGUGUCUGGACCCAUGUCACCAUCAGAACACAAACCCGACUCCCAUUGGGGGACUUUUUCUGGGGUCCAUAAAAAAACAUCCAUAGAUGCCACGUAAGGAAGGCACUGACCGGCCAGAGAGGAUUUGGUGCAAAUCCAACUCAGUGAGCAGUGAGUUCACUGGGAUCUGUGUGGGUGCCAUGGGUGUCCGCCUUCUGCCUCCUGGGCUGUCCAGCCCGCAGCUUCCAGAACUCCUCACUCACAACCCCUUUGCAUCAGAGUAACUUUUACGCACCCCUGGGUAUAGAGGUAUAUAAAAGAGGUUUACAGAUCAAAUAUGAUGUACUAGAUCAUAAGAAAUUUAUUUUAAAGCAAUUCUGAAUACAUAUAAUUUUGCCAUUUAUUAAAGAUUAAAACAAAUUUGCAUAUUCA